AUAAUUAUUAUUAUUAAAUUAAAGAAGUACACAAUUGGACCAAGUCGGAGGUUUUACUUCUAAUUGCGAGUUAUAAAGAACACCAAUUGGAAUUUUUGGAUGAAAAUGCUUGCAAAGCUGAUGUAUGGUCGAAAGUAAUUAAUCAUAUGACGGUUACACUUGCUGAGCACGAUUUAUCACCUAUUGAUAUCAAAAAAUGUAAAACAAAAAUGGAAGCACUGAAACGGCAUUAUAAAGGUCUUAAAGAUAAUAAUAAAAAGUCUGGGAACCAAAAAAUUACUUGGCCUUACUAUGAUGAAACGGAAGAACUAUUUGGUGAGCAGCCAUGGAUUAAACCGUUGUCCACUGCAGGUUCUAACAUUGAAAACACAAUGGAUUCUGAAGUUAUAAACCCACCAUCGAAACGCCAAAAAAAGUUGGCAGAUUAUUGUGAACAAUUACUAGAAGAAAAAAAAGAGAAUCGUGCAAUUCGCAUACAUCACCAAGAAAAAAUCGCUGCUACAAAUCAAUUAACGGAUGUUCUAAGAGAGCUUAUAGGUCAUGCAACACAAAAACGGCAAAGUUGAUUAUAUUUAAAACUAAGUAAUUUUAGUGCAAAUAUUUUUUAUGAUUAUUUUAAUAUGAUUAAGAAUGUUAUGCAACAUAAAAACGGCAAAGUUGAUUAUAUUUAAAACUAAGUAACUUUAGUGCAAAUAUUUUUUAUGAUUAUUUUAAUAUGAUUAAAAAUGUUACAGACAAUUUAUAUUUUUAGAACGUGCAUGUUUACAUGUCUA